AUGCUGUUUGGUAAUGGAUCAAAAGAAGUUGAUUCAUUAAAGAAUUUAGCAAGUGUUGUUGAAAUAAAAGAUUGGGAGCCACCAGAUGCUGAUACUGAUUCCAAACUUGCUAUUGCUGGGGUUGUUGCUAAGAGUGUUGCUGGAGUUGUUGCUAGGGUUGUUGCUAGGGUUGUUGCUGGGGUUGUUGCUGGGGUUGUUGCUAAGGUAGUUGAUGGGGUUGUUGCUAAGGUAGUUGCUAAGGUUGUUGCUGAGGUUGUUGUCGAAGUAGUUGCCAAAGGUGAUGUUGAAAUUGAUAUUGCAGAUGUAGCAGUAGAUGAUGGAACUAUAUAA